CAGCCUCCUGAGAUUAAUUGCUUUCCUUUCGAAAAGAUACAUUUUCCAUAACCACGCAUAUGGGUAGGAUAAAAGGGGCGCUAACAAUUGGACGCAGUCAUGUUCCCGAACUGGUGCUUUCAAGGCCGAGUAGAACAGUCAUCCCUCUGGUUAUCGGAACACCGGUCACUUCGUUGGAGUUAAAGGGAAAGACAGUCUGCACUGGAACAACUAGACGUUUAUGCGAUACUUUACAUUUAAAAAGUUCCGUUGCGUCGUUUUAUCCCGAAGUUCGACAUUCAAGAGGACUUUAUAAAAAGACCGUUCCAUUAUCCGAGUGCAUUUUUAUGCAUAACUCUGCCAAGGACAAUAUUUUGAAAGAAGGAGGUGGCAAUGAUGGAGAAGGCUCUUCUGAAAACCGUGCCCCUGAGAUAAAUAAAAAUCGUCUAGAGAGAAAGGCAAAUUUGGGUACAAUCAUCCAGAUGUUGCAGUUUAAAAUUCCUAACAUGCUAACAGAUUUACUACCUCCAGAUUUUGUAUCCGACAAAAUUAUUUUGAAAGUUUUACCUCAUCAGUUUCCUAACCUCCCCACUUUCAGAGGUUACCUUCUAUAUUCAAGUACAUUGAAGGCAAUUCAAAAAAUUUUACUAAUGUUUUACUUGAAUCCCGAUUCAAAAAUUCAUAUCUCCGACAUAAAAAUCAUAGAACCUACAAACUCAAUGUCGUCCGACGAAUUGAUCAACCUGUCUAUUGAUUCUAAUCAUCUUGAGAACGAAUCAUUAUCUGAAAACUCAGCACCACGCCAAGAUACUUCAAAAUAUACAACAAAAGUAAAGGUAAAAUGGAGAACAUGUUAUUCGGGGUGUGAGCAUUUACAAGAUGCACAGACAACCGACGCUAAGUGGGGUUCAUACAGCCUCGACCAUUUUGAUUGGACCAAGCUGCUAAAAUCGCCUAAUCCGUUACAAACUAUUUCGUUGUUAGAAGCCAAGAAAACAAUAGAGGGGCUAGCUAAAACCCUAGAUCCCUUAAAAAACAUAAGCCAAUCAACCGGUGACUCCGAUAACGCAAAUAACCAAAAUAGAACAGUAGGAAGGAUACUUACUGGAGUUUUUGUAUUUGAGCUUGACGCUCCAAAUGAACAUAUAAUGGUGUUUACUAUUGAUAAUAUGGAAAUUUUGGAGAGCAAACAAACAAAUUUUGUGAACGGAUGUUUGGCCUAAAUGUUAUGCAAUUUUAGGCUCAUUUUUAACAGUUUUCCAUCAAAUCUCCAAGGAUUUGUCCUUUCAUUACCCUUCCGCUCAUAUACCAUUUAUCUUUCUCGCUUUAGUUAUCUUAUUUUGCCUAAUAGGGUGGCACUUGUAUAUAAAAAGGAUAUACUACUCGAUGCGCAUGUAUAUAUAUAUAUAUAUAUAUAUAUAUAUACUUAAUCGUUACAAAUGCUUAUAGUUACUACUUCAC